UUGACGAUUAUUUCUUCAGAAAUCAUGCAGAAGAAUUCAGAUAGUUUGAUUUGAUUAUGUUGGAGAUUUGUAGAGAUCAUAUUAACCUAUUCGUUAUUUUUUUGUUAUAUCAAGUUAAAUACGCAUAUGAAUAAUUUUUGAUAAAACAAUAUCAAUUAAUAAAGUCAUGUUCGCAAUACGACGAGCGGUACAAUUAGUAAGAUGUAUUAAUGUACAAGGUUCUGUCAAAUUUCAUCAUGCAUCAGCGUCCCUAAAAGCAUAUUCCAUAAAUACGGAGCACCAGAAAUGUGAUCAUUUAGAAGAUGAUCUUAAUAAAUCAACUAAUGAAAAUGGCAAGGAAGAGAAUAAGAAAGUGUUCGCAAAAAUAGAACCGAAGCUUCAAUUAAUCUUCAAUUGUAAAAAAUGCAAUACACAAAAUAAUAAAAUAAUUUCAAAGUUAGCAUACCAAAAGGGUGUGGUAAUAAUACGCUGUGAUGGUUGUAAAAAUAAUCACCUUAUAGCUGAUAAUUUAGGAUGGUUUAGUGAGUUAAGUAAACAUACAAAUAUUGAAAAAAUAUUAGCAGCAAAAGGUGAAACAGUACGUAAGAUACAAUAUAAUUCCGAAGGAUUUCUUGCAUUUCCAAAAGAAGAAUUAAACACUCAACAAGAAAGAGAAAACUUUGAUGAAUCUAAAAAUGAAAUAGAUUCAAAAUAAUAAGGAUACAUGGAAGUUGCCAAUUUUAAGAAAAGAUAUAGGUAAAAAUAUAAAUAUAGAUAUAGAUGUAUAAAAAUAUAAACAAUUUAAGACUUUACUAUAAAUUUAUUUUAUAUGUACAUUUUCUGUUGCAUGAUAAAUUUCUAACUUUUGUAUAUAUAUUUAAAGUAUGUUCUAAAUUUUUAUUAAUAUUACAAAGUUAUCCAUUUAUAUUCUUCUUAAGAUAUUUUAGAAAUAAUGAUCUAAAGAAUGCCUUCAGCUUCUCAACAUCAUCCUUUAUAUAAUUAUAUUAAGAUUGUGUAUACAUUAACAAAUUAUUAUUUGCAAUAAUUUUUAGUAUUAUCUUUUAAAAAAUCUAUAUCUAAAAUUUAUAAAUAUUUCAAAGCAUGGCAGAUUUUUACUUGGCACAUGAGAAAUUUGUUCAUGUAUACAUAUUUCACAGACUUAAAUCGAUUAAAUCUUUUGUUUAUUGAAAUUGUCCUACGUUAAUAUAUUUUUAUUUAAUAUAGAUAAUACAUAUAAACUAUGGAUCUUUGAAGAGGAUUAUCUUGAUUUUUUUAUAACAUAGGCAUAUAAAAAUAAGUUAAUGCCUUUUGUUUCAUAAAUAACAUUUUUGAAGAUGGAUGUACAAUAUCAUGUGAUAAAUGUAAUAAAGACAGUUUAAAACCUAA